GUUAUGGGUAUACCAAUAGUAGAGAACAUAAGUAUAGAUAAUGAGAAAGAGGAGAAGGAAGAGGAGGAGCAUAUUGAUAAGAUGAUGAUUAUACCCCAGAUAAUAAAGUCUAUCUCAAUGAGGAUGGUAUCUUCUGAGAACCACCACCACCACUACCAGCAGCACCAGCAGGAGGAGGAAGAGGAUGAUAGGUAUAA